CGCAGCCCGCCAGGCCGCGGCCCGACCCGUACCCCGGGGCGCAGCCCGCCGCUCUCCGCCGCGCCCCCAGGCAGGCGGCCCCGCUUCCCGCCGGGCCCGGGGCAGCCGCGGCCCCGGCAGCAGCCAGCCGCGGCCCGGGCGGGGGAGAGCAGGGGGGAAGGAGAGCGGAGCUCUCUCCGCCGCUUAGAGGAAGGGGGAAGGGAGGGGGGAAAGUUUAGCGGAGGGUGUUUGAAUUAGGAGUUAUCCCUAAAGAGCCUUUCCCCUGCUCUGAUCCAGAGGGCAGCCCUGGGAAGAGGGGGCGGCGGCGGCCAGGAGCCCUGCAACAUCUGUAAAACUUGCAGGAGGCGACGGAGAGGAGCGUGCGAGAGGGAGGAAAGCGAAGGGACAACUUUUCCGACACGUAUUAGUACAAGGAGAGCUGAAGUAAUGAGAAGUCAUCAUGGAGGCGCAGUCCCAUAGCUCUACCACGACAGAGAAGAAAAAAGUGGAGAAUUCCAUCGUGAAAUGCUCCAGUCGAACAGAUGUCAGUGAGAAAGCUGUUGCCUCCAGCACAACUUCCAAUGAGGAUGAAAGUCCUGGGCAGACCUAUCACAGAGAGAGAAGGAACGCGAUCACAAUGCAGCCGCAGGGUGGGCAAGGCCUCGGCAAGAUCAGUGAAGAGCCUUCCACGUCGAGCGAGGAAAGGGCUUCAUUAAUCAAGAAGGAGAUCCAUGGAUCUAUAUCGCACCUUCCCGAACCUUCUGUACCUUACCGCGGGACGCUCUUUACCAUGGACCCCCGAAACGGUUACAUGGACCCUCAUUACCAUCCGCCUCACCUCUUUCCAGCAUUCCACCCUCCUGUACCAAUUGAUGCGAGACAUCAUGAGGGACGCUACCAUUAUGAACCAUCUCCCAUUCCUCCUCUGCAUGUGCCUUCUGCCUUAUCUAGUAGCCCGACAUACUCAGAGCUUCCGUUCCUUAGAAUUUCCCCGCACCGAAAUCCUGCUGCAACAUCAGAGUCUCCCUUCAGCACCCCUCACCCAUACAUUAACCCUUACAUGGACUACAUCAGGUCCCUGCACAGCAGCCCGUCCCUUUCCAUGAUCUCGGCAGCCCGUGGGCUCAGCCCAACAGACGCUCCACAUGCUGGCGUCAGUCCAGCUGAAUAUUACCAUCAGAUGGCUCUGUUGGCAGGCCAGCGCAGCCCGUAUGCAGACAUCAUUCCUUCAGCUGCCACUGCAGGAGCUGGUGCUCUUCAUAUGGAAUAUCUUCACGCUAUGGAUAGCGCGAGGUUUCCGAGUCCGAGAUUGUCAGCUAGACCAAGCCGAAAGCGUACGUUGUCCAUAUCCCCCCUAUCUGAUCACAGCUUUGACCUUCAGACCAUGAUACGGACAUCUCCAAAUUCCUUGGUCACAAUUCUCAAUAAUUCUCGUAGCAGUUCCUCAGCCAGUGGUUCUUAUGGCCACUUAUCUGCAAGUGCAAUAAGCCCUGCUCUGAGUUUCACAUACCCUCCUACACCAGUAUCCCUCCAGCAAAUGCAUCAGCAAAUUAUAAGUCGUCAGCAAACCCUAGGUUCAGCCUUUGGACACAGCCCUCCACUCAUCCAUCCUGCUCCAACUUUUCCUACCCAGAGACCUAUUCCCGGCAUCCCCAGUGUUCUGAACCCUGUCCAGGUCAGCUCUGGACCUUCUGAGUCCACACAGCAGAAUAAACCCACAAGUGAAUCUGCCGUGAGCAGCACUGGAGAUCCCAUGCACAACAAGCGCUCCAAGAUAAAGCCUGACGAGGACCUGCCCAGCCCGGGAGCAGGAAGCGUGCAGGAACAGCCAGAAGGAGUGACCCUGGUAAAAGAGGAAGGGGACAAAGAUGAAAGCAAACAGGAGCCUGAAGUGGUCUAUGAGACAAACUGCCACUGGGAAGGCUGUUCCCGGGAGUUUGACACGCAGGAACAGCUAGUGCAUCACAUAAACAAUGACCAUAUACACGGUGAGAAGAAAGAGUUCGUGUGCCGAUGGCUGGACUGUUCCCGGGAGCAGAAACCAUUCAAAGCCCAGUAUAUGCUGGUGGUCCACAUGAGGAGACAUACAGGGGAAAAGCCACACAAAUGCACUUUUGAAGGUUGUACAAAGGCCUACUCCAGACUAGAAAACUUGAAAACACACUUGAGAUCUCACACUGGAGAAAAACCAUAUGUGUGUGAACACGAAGGCUGCAACAAAGCUUUCUCCAAUGCGUCCGACAGGGCCAAGCACCAAAACAGGACUCAUUCCAAUGAGAAACCGUAUGUUUGCAAGAUACCGGGCUGCACAAAGCGCUACACAGAUCCCAGUUCUCUCCGGAAACAUGUGAAGACCGUGCAUGGCCCGGAGGCGCAUGUCACCAAGAAGCAACGGGGAGAUAUCCACCCAAGGCCUCCGCCACCGAGAGACCCAGGCAGCCACUCUCAGACCCGGUCACCAGGCCAUCAGACUCAGGGUGCGAUUGGUGAGCAGAAGGACCUCAGCAACACUACCUCAAAGCGUGAAGAAUGCCUCCAAGUGAAAGCAGUCAAGUCGGAAAAACCAAUGACAUCUCAGCCAAGCCCUGGUGGUCAGUCUACAUGCAGCAGCGAACAGUCCCCCAUCAGCAACUAUUCCAACAAUGGGAUCGAGCUUACUCUGACCAGUGGUGGUAGUGUAGGAGACCUCAGUGUCAUCGAUGAAACCCCAAUCAUGGACUCUACCAUUUCCACAGCCACCACAGCACUUGGCUUACAGGCCAGGAGGAAUAUGACAGGGACCAAAUGGAUGGAGCAAGUGAAAUUAGAAAGGUUGAAACAAGUUAACGGAAUGCUUCCAAGACUGAACCCCGUUCCACCUUCCAAAGCCCCAACCUUGCCGCCUCUCAUAGGAAAUGGUGCCCAGUCAAACAGCAGCUGCAGUGUAGGAGGAUCCAUGACUAUUCUGCCAAACAGGAGUGAACUUUCAAGUACAGACAUCACUGUGUUGAACAUGCUGAACAGGCGGGACAGCAAUACUAGCACCAUCAGUUCAGCCUACUUGAGCAGCCGCAGAUCCUCUGGAAUUUCACCUUGCUUCUCUAGCCGGAGGUCCAGCGAUGCCUCCCAGGCAGAGGGAAGACCACAGAACGUGAGCGUUGCAGACUCCUACGACCCCAUCUCAACGGAUGCCUCCCGGCGCUCCAGUGAAGCGAGCCAGUGUGAUGACCUGCCAAGUCUUCUCAGCCUCACCCCGGCCCAGCAAUAUAGGCUGAAAGCUAAAUAUGCAGCAGCUACUGGUGGACCCCCACCAACUCCACUGCCUAACAUGGAGAGGAUGAGCCUCAAAACAAGGAUGGCACUCUUGGGUGACUGCAGGGAGUCCGGAGUAUCUCCACUGCCUCCAGUGAAUGCCCCUCGAAGAUGUAGUGAUGGUGGGGCAAAUGGUUACAGCAGGAGGCAUUUUCUGUCUCACGAUGCUCUAGGAAACGGGAUGAGGAGAGCCAGUGAUCCAGUAAGAAUGGCCUGUGACAACCUCUCUGUCCCUAGAGUCCAGCGUUUCAACAGUCUUAAUAGCUUUAACCCUCCUGCUUUGCCUCCAUCCAUGGAAAAGCGCAACCUUGUUCUUCAGAACUAUACCCGUUCUGAGGGUGGCGUCUUCCGUGGCUUUAGCUCCCCCUGUCCUCCAAGCAUCAGCGAGAACGUUGCCCUGGAGGCUGCUACGAUGGAAGCGGGUGGCAGUCUGAAUGAUGAGGAUCUCCUGCCAGAUGACGUGGUUCAGUAUCUGAAUUCCCAGAACCAGGGCAUAUACGACCACUUGUUGAACAAUGUCCUAGACAGCAACAAAAUGCAUCAUGGCUCAGUGUUAGGAAACGACAACCCCAGCAACUUUGACCAAGCCCCUCCACCAAGCAGUCAGCAGGCAGGUUCUGAGACAAACAAAAGCGACUUGCCCAUUCAGUGGAAUGAAGUAAGCUCAGGAAGCUCUGACUUAUCUCCUUCGAAACUGAAAUGUGGCCAGCGCUCCACAGUGCAGCAGACUCGGGCCUUCAGACUGUACAACAAUAUGAUGGUUCAGCAGCAGAACCUGGAGAGAAGCAACGUGGACCAGCAGAAUGGCUAUCUGGUGGAGAACAACAAUUCCUACGGUUUACAGCAAAACGCAGUUCUUGGCAGCGGAGCCGCUAAUUCUUUCAGCGUGCAGCCCAAUAAGCCUUACAGUGAAAGCAUCAGCAGGCAAGCAAUGAUGUCUGGAGCAAUGGACAAUUCCUGUGGCAUGGCAGUUCAGGGGCAGAAGCUGAGAAGCAGCAACGUGCCAGUGAGUGGGAACCAGCAAAAUUUUGGCCAUCCCAUGGCAUCCAGCGAUCAAGCUGCCAGUAUGGCAAAUGGGAUGCAGAACAGCAGUAUGAUGGAACAGGAGUAUCUGCAAAACCAACCGGUCGGAGAUGACGUUCAUUACCAGGGAGUCAAUCAAUCCGGUCAAAUGAUGCUGGGGCAGGUUAGUCCUACCUCACAAAGCAGCCUGUAUCAGGGGCCGCAGAGUUGUCCGCCAGUGUCUCACACCGUUGGUAGCCAGCCUUCAGGUUUGUUGGUGGCCAAAAGUUACCAGCCAUGCACCAAUUACAGCAGCAACAGACGGCAAAACAUGUUGAGAAACAACCUGGCACAACAGCAAGGACACGUAAGUGAUGGCAACCAGACGUACAGGGUAAACACCAUUAAGAUGGAGAUCCAAGGUCAAUCACAGCAGUUCUGCUCUAAUGCACAGAAUUACUCUGGUCAGUUAUAUGACCAAACCAUGGGCUUUAGCUACCAAGCUAUGAAAACAGGUUCGUUCUUUGGUUCGGAAGCUAACUGCCUGCUGCAGGGGACUGCGACUGCAAACUCAUCGGAACUUCUUUCCCCGGGGGCUAACCAAGUGUCGAGCACAGUUGACAGCAUUGACAGCAACAGCCUAGAGGGUGUGCAGAUUGAUUUCGAUGCUAUCAUAGAUGAUGGGGACCAUGUCAGCUUAAUUUCGGGAGCCCUGAGCCCGAGUAUCAUUCAGAAUCUCUCCCGCAAUUCCUCACGCCUCACCACUCCCCGAGCGUCUCUUACAUUCCCAGCUAUGCCCGUAAGCACAACCAACAUGGCUAUUGGUGACAUGAGCUCUUUGUUGACCUCACUUGCAGAAGAAAGCAAGUUUCUUGCUGUUAUGCAAUAGACAUUAGAAAAAACAAACAAACAAAAAAACAAACUCUUAGGAGAUAACAGAAUGGAAAAAAGGACUCAUAUUUUUUAGUUGUGUAUGUAUUUUAGCAAUCUCAUCUCACCUAAAUGGGAUGUGUUUCAAGUAUAUUCCUUUUAUGGAAUAAGGACUCUGAAAACCCUAAAGUGUUCUAGGGAGAAACUGUCUUCCAUUUCAGUUUUGAAUCAGUAUUGCUACACCCAUUCCCCCCUGCCCCUCUUCUCUCUCUCUCCCUCCCCUUUUGAAUGUCUGUAUGCUUCCUUUUUCUUUUUUUUUUCUUUAAUUGUAAACCAAUGUAAACGUGUGAAGUGCAUGUUUUUGUUUUGUUUUGGGUUUUUUUAAAAAAAGAAAGGUCUGAUGAAAUGACUUCGCUAUUUUCUGUUACUCAAAAGAAACUAGACCUUGUAAAACUGUUGCAGCUUCCCCCCCUAAACAUAUAGGCACAAAAUAACCAGGCACAAUAUGAAGUCAGCAUGCAGGGAUGAAAUCUUCUCUGGAUGCGUUGGAUACAUCGCACCAAGGUGGACAACCAGUUUAGAAAUGCACUGCCAUGGUACCCCUAGGCUGUAGUUUCAGAAUCAUGGAGCAGGAUAAAUUAGGAGGCUCAAGCAAACAAGAAAUGUAGAGCCAUCAGCCCGUUGAUCCCUAGGAAACGUUUAAGGAUUUUGUAACACCACACACAGACAGCUGUCACUGCCUUGCAUAAUGAUACUGAGAUUGUUUCAUGUUCCCAUUUCAGAGGAAGGAGAGGACCAGAAAGCUGUUCUUAGUCCAGCUCUCACCUUUUGCAGUAUUUGCUAUUCUGUUUUUCAGUAUUCUUUUUUAAAUGACUGGAUAGUAGAGUUAUGGGCGUGUUUGGUGAUUUGGGUAGUCUAGAAUCCCUUCGUUGCAUACCAUAUUUGUGAAGAGAUGAUCAGGGUCUUACAGAGUAUUUCAUACAAUGAAAUAACAAAAUUGCAGUAUUCCAUACUGGGGACUUUUUUUUUUUUUUUUCCAAUGCAAUGCAAACUCUUGAGAUGUGAUUUGCUGAGCCACUGGUUCUUAUUUGCAAUAAUAAUUCCUUCGCCGAGAGAACUGUCUUGUACCUCUCUUUUAGCACGUACAGCUUCGUGGAUGGAUGGUAUGUUUUAAAAUAAGUAAAUGGCUGUUGAAAUAAUGCACAGUUAGGGCUUCAAAAGCGUCAUGGUCAUGGCAUAUAAACCAGGUAGAAAACGAACACCCCGUUUCUUGGACUAGCCAAAUAAAUGAAAGCGAUUGCAAGCAAUCUGAUAAUCUUACAUGUCUUUUCACCGUAUCCAGGUUUUACAAAACAAGAAAUUUCAACUGCCAUUCAAAAUAGCAAUGAAAUGAGCAGAACAGCAAGUAUGUCUGGUAACUAAUCAAAACUCAGAAAGAACAACCCAACCUCUCGGUGACACCAAAGUGCAUUUCAUUUCAAAGCAAGCCAGUGAGCCAAUGCCCAGGGUCAGUUACACCAGUACAAAUUGGAACUAAUGCACUGUGCUCAUGAAUCUGCUCACUGGUAGAGGUGAAUGGCGUUUCCUCCAUAAGCUGUAGCUCUUGUAGCAUGUUUUUUGUUGUGCUGGGCUUCACAUGUGCGCCCCUGAACACACAGUGCUCCUAGGCAAACAGGUUGGGAUGGAGAACAGUUAGAAAGCCAAGGUUUAAGUUCACCCACUCCUAGAAUCUGCAUGCAAGUCCAGCCCUUGCAGACUUCUUAGUUAAAUCUCAAUAGUAAAACGAUGCUACAGGAUGUAAAUGGUGUAGACGCUUAGUCACGGAUUUGAUGUCUGCAAGGAGCUGAUGUUAGAGUAGACACAAUGAGAAGGGGGAAUGGGGUCAAUUUUGAAAUAUAGAUAAACUUUAGUCCAGUCAAAAUUAGGAAUAACACCAGAAGGUGGUUUCUAUAGGCUGGAAGGCCAUAGCAGUAAUAUUUUUGACUGUGAAAAAAUGGUGAAGUAGCAGCUGAAUCAGGGCAUGGCAUUUGAGGAAUGUGCAGGAAUACAACCUCAGUGAAGCUAUUGGUUAACAUUCAUCUAUUAACAGCUGUUAGAAUCAGAGGAAGAAGCUGUACAUCAGCAGGAAAAUAUCACAGGAAUCCAGUGCUGGGGCCGUAUUUGGGCUUAUCACAGCACGUACCAAGUGAUUUGCGUUAUGAGCUGGAAUGUCAGAAAUCAAGACAAAUGUAAUUAUCCUACGGCUUUUAUCAUCAUCCAGCUCCUGUCUUUCUCCGGAUCUUUAGCAAGUAUUUCUUCCUUCCUCUGCCUCAAGCAUGCAUAUUUCUGCUCUUUGCCCUUUGCCGUUUCCCCUCCUGACCUUCCUGCACAGGGAAUCAGGCACAGCUCACCAUGGCAAACGGUCGAUUUGCUGUUACAACGUGGGAAGCUGCUCCCUGUUGCGCUGUCAUCGCCCAGAGGCGCCUGGCAGGGACCCGCUGCCCAUGCACAGCCCUCACCCCUGCCCUGCUGCUGGGGCGCAGAGGGAUGCUUCAGUGGCUGCGCUGUACAUGCAGUGCUACGGUACAGCUCACACCCCUGAGGAGAAACAGCAGCAUAUGCAUGAGGAAAGGCUGUGCUGGAUGCAUUUCAGAUGGGUCUCGGUAACCGGUCGCUGGCUGUUUAUUAAGCCAUCAAUGACAUGUUUAUAAACAAUUUCAACAGGGCAGCUUAUGACCAGCUUGGGAGUAGGUGGCUUGGGAGAGAAGCCUUUUAUUGUUAUAGAGUAAAUACAUUUAAGAAGCAACAAAAAACAACAAAAAACCCCAUUUUUUUUUAACUCGGUUUUCCAGUUCAUAAUUGUAUUUGCUGGUGAGUUGAAGCUGGGAAGCUAUUAACAGAUGUGAUCCAUCAGAGCUUAGAAGGAGCCGUUCAGAUUGCUCAAGGCUAAAAGGGACUGUUUGAGGAGCUAAUUUGCCUUCCUGGAUUUGACAAACCUUUGUCACUCACUUACCCUGUCUUGGGCCAACAGUGUGUCUUGGCCGAAACCACAUGCUCCAGAAAGGCAGCCCAUUUUGAUUUGGUGAGGUUGAAGAACCAGACACUCUACCAUGUCCCCGGGGUGUUUGUGCAAAUGGUUUAGCAUUUUCACCAUGAAGCAUAUGUGCCACUUUUGUUCAUGUUUCACUUUUCAGCUUUAAGUAUCUUCUCAUGCUUUUCUGGUUUAUGCUGAAGAGCCUGUUUUGGUACCUGUGAGGGCAGCAAUACGUCAUAGACCAGCUGUCUCGGGUUUGGGGCUAGUUGUGAUAAGGUAGGCUGGGCUCUCUGAGCGUGGUGGUGUUAGCCUGGGCACCAUCUGUCACCUCAGUCCCAAUGCAUGGCAGUCUUGGGGGGGGGUCCCAUCAGCAUUGCUCACAUGUUUAUGGCACCCCUCUACUGCUGCUCUUCCAGGUGCAGAGCCAAAGCUUGCUUUUGUCUAUCUGGUACAUCAGGUGACGUAGCCGUAGCAGCUGAAAACCCACCACUCAUGCCAGAGUACUAGAAAAUGCAGAUUGCGGAUUUCCUAUUUUUAGAGCAUUGCAGCCUGAGUCUAAAUCCCCUUUUCUUGUAAUGGCUCUGUGGGGAUCUUCUAGAUUCAUUACUGCUGGCCUUGGGCGCGUCUGCCUCCCUUAGCCUGCGUGAAGCACGCAUCUCUCCCAGCAGUUCCUCUUCCCACAAAGUGGGAGUUGCCGGUGAGAGCUCGUCCACCAGGUCUGCCUGGGUGGAGGAAAGGUGGGUUUGCGGAGAAGUCAGCGAGCUUCCAGGGGGGCUUUGCUGGUGGGUACGAUGGCCCCAUAUAGCCACAUGGCAGAUGAUGUUAUUCUCUCCUUGGGGAAUGGCACCGAAUGGUCUAUGCAUAUGCAUUGAGGUGCAGGCUGGCUGCCUGGCUUCCAGGCAUCGCUUCCCCCUGCCCCUUGAUGAAAUGGCUGGCUGGCUCUCCCACACCUGUUGCUCAAUGGCUUCUCCUGCUGAACAGCAGUGUUCAUAUUCUCACAAUGUAUGUGCCUUAUUUUGUGUUGACCCUGUAAAAGAGAGGGACCAAGAUGUGUUGCCAAAUUUUCCCGAUGAGGCUAUACUUGCCACCCAGCUACUAGCACAUACCACUGUUAAUAGUGUCCAAAAUGUCUUGUAAACCUCUGGUAUUCACGUGUUUUUGUCCUUGGAUUGGUGGAAUGUCUCCUAUGGAACAGUUACUGUUGUCAGUCCUGCAGAUAUGUAAGAUAAAAAAAGUGUUCUUUUUUUUUCCCCAGUUUUUUUUAGUUUUUUUUUUUUAUAAAGCUUGUAAUCCUUUUUUUUUAAAAAAAAAAAGAAAAUGUGUAAAUACAUUUACAUACGGUAGGAAUAGUGUUCGGCUGUAAUGGGCCUUAGUGGUCUUCAUCUGAUAAAACUGCAGUUAUGAUCUGAUGUUUCUCGAGCCUUAGGUUGAUCUGAAGGGUCUGUAGCACUGUGUACAUAUAAAUUGUACUUCUGCUUUCAGAACCACUUAGCUCUUUUGUAACAAAGAAAAAAAAAAUGUUUCUUACAAUGUCAAUAAAAACACAAAAGCCUUUGUACUUAA